AUGACUGUAUCGCUGGCACCGUGGCAUUGUGGCUGUAUCGCUGGCACUGCGGGCAUCGUGGGCAUCGCGGGCAUCGUGGGCAUCGUGGGCAUCGCGGGCAUCGCGGGCAUCGUGGGCAUCGUGGGCAUCGCGGGCAUCGCGGGCAUCGCGGGCAUCGCGGGCACUGCAGUAGCGGUCGGGACGGCGUUCGGUACGGCGGUCGGUACGGCGGUCGGCACCCAGGAUAUUGAACAACGGUUCGGCACAACGGUCGGCACCCAGGAUAUUGAGCAACGGUUCGGUAUGGCGGUCGGCACGGCGGUCGGCACCCAGGAUAUUGAAUAG